AAAGUCGACAACAACAAAAUCAUGAGACAAUGCCAUCUAUUUAUUUAUUUAUCCAUCCCCAAGAGUAACCUUAUGAAUCAGACUGAAUGAAGUUGCUUUCCACAUUCAGCUCUUCUAAAUCAUUUCUUAUCAGGUUCUAUGAACUUCUCGUCGUCCCACUUCGUAUUUGCUAUUGUGCUACAUAUAUCCUCCCGGUUACCAACAUAGUUUAACCUCACUUCUAUCCCUUUCAUUGUUAUUACCUAUCGUCGCCAGCGAUACGAUCCAGAGCAAACCUAAAUUAUCAAACGUGCCUCGCACAAUGCGUGGUGGGAGACCAAACUUACAACUUGGUGAAUCAUGGGUGGUAGAUGGUCAUGACGAGGAAAUAGAUGAAUAUUUGCCACCAAACGAAGAAGAUUACGAUCACCAAGCAAGAAUUUCUACUCCACGAAGAUCCCCCAGAGGUAACAACCGAUCCCCGGAUCCUGAGUUUGUGAUGCCUCCUCUAGACGCAGAAACUUUAGAAGCUUCUUGGUCUCAGAGUGAGAGCACAAGUAGAAGUCCCAGGCGGUUCCAGGAAUCCAAGAUAAGGAACUCGCGACAUGAUACCAGUCAUGAAUCCCCAAACGUACGAUUAAGGACGCAACCGUCUCGUAAUAAAUCCCCUUUCGCCUCUUCCACUACCGAUUUUAAUACACACCAUCGACCAAAUUCUGACGUCAAAGAUAUCAUCACUGUUUUCUUUGAUCAUACAAUUAUGGCUUUUACCUGGAUCCUAGAAAUUUUGAAAGGUGCCCUUAGACUUUUGCGAACGCCCCUAUCUUACUUACUUGCUAUAUGCAUACUCUAUGGAUUUUCUCUAGUUGCUAGAAACCUGAUUACAAGUUCCAUCUAUGCAUCAUUAUCUCCUAUUUGUUUUCUCCCAGGUUCAUCAUUGUUAAACUUACCAUUCUGUUCUACCGACAAUGGCGGUCCCGUCAAUAGAGCAAAAGUGCCAGUCGAGUUUGAACAAGUGAUGAUGGUUCAAUCUCAGUUUGAAGACAUCUUAAAGGAAAGCGCUGGUGGUGUCUCGCUACCAUUAGAUAUGAAACGUGGGGAGAGUUUCCUUAGAGAUCUACGUCAACUUGUACGAUAUAGCCAACUCAGGUCAAGGUAAGCGAUCACUCGACACUUCUAACUAGACGAGUCAUUCCAUUACAAGUCUUGUAGCCUAAAGGAAUACCAAAUAAGUCUCGUUACAAGAACUGAAUGCUAAUACUUCCAAUUUUAGGAACGAGCUCGUGCUGGAAUUCGAUGGAUUCAUCGACACAGCAAAGAUUGCAUCAUGGGACCUUACAAAAUUCAAUAGUCAUGUGGGUAGAGCGGUAGAUAGUGUCAUAUCUAUCACGCGUUGGACCUCACGAGUUCUUGAUGGUAUUCAAGAGCGUGAAAGUUCUCGUGGUUUGAUCGGAGCCUUUGUUAAUGACAAAUUACUUGCACCAUUCCAGCCUAUCAAAUUUUCUGAAAGACUCAUUCUUGAUCAGUAUGUGGAGCAUACUCGAGCUGUGGAAGAAGAAAUUGCCCGAUUGGUCGUCGAAGCACAAGCUCUAUUGCUGGUUCUAAAUAAUUUAGAAGAUCGUUUAGAGAUUAUCCAUGGAAUCACAGUAAGAGACGGUGUUCAAGUACAAGCUAGCAAGGACGAGACCUUGUCGGAAUUAUGGGCAUGGCUUGGUGGUCAUCGAGGCAAGAUUAACAAACUCAAUGGCCAACUCAAUUUGUUGAAAGAUAUUGGGGACAGACGUAAAAUUGCUUUAGCUCAUGUGUCAGGAACUCUGAUCAAGCUUCAACAGAUUGGUUCUGGUUUGGAGGAUUUGCGAGAAAGGGUAGCCGCACCAGAGCUUUUACGUGACAAAAUCGAUAUCCCCUUGGCAGUUCAUAUCGAACACAUUCAGCAAGGAAUAACACGCUUGGAAGACCAAAAACUUAUUACACAAAAGUCAAAGGAUGAUAUCAUGGAGAGAGCGAGAAAUCGUAAUGAUAUGGAGGGAAAUCUUAUCGAUGGAUGACGUGUUUGGCGUACGGUUGCUAAUGCGUAGCCGGAAUAUGCGUUAUUGGACAAGUCAUGUACAUUUGAUACUUGUUUGGCCGUUUGAAGCUUAUGACUUUAUUUCCGUGGAUUUCGAGUGUCGGUGUCAUUUUCAGUAUGAUGGGCGAGCUAGGAAAUGCUUAAUGAUUUGGCUCCUUUUAGUAUACUAACUACGAUAGUGGAUUGCAGUUCAAAUGGUGCCACUAGUAGCUGGGGAAAUCCAAUAGCCCCACAUUAUUUUCCAUAUCUAUAUAAUCUACACCACUUCCCCGAUUCAAUACAU